GGAGGAGGAGGAGGAGGAGGAGGAGGAGGAGGAGGAGGAGGGAGGAAGGGGCGGCGAUGCCGGGCGGCUCAGCCUCCCCUCUGCCCCCCCGCCGGGCAGGGCGCGCCCGCGGAGCGCACGGAGGGACCCGCACCGGCUGCACAGAGGCUGAAGUCACCGGCGGGCUUGUCCCCGAGCUUUUUCCCCGCCGCAGAGGAUGCGGGGAUGCCCGUGAAGGGGAUUUGGGGGAGCGGAGCCACCCCGUGCCGCUGCCAGGGCGCCGCAUGAGACCGGGCAACUCAUUGCACGGCGCAGCUCCGGCCCACCUGCCUGUUUCCACGAUGCUCCCCGGGAAAGCGGAGAAGAGGAUGGCUUCGUCCGUGUUCAUCACCCUGGUGCCCCCGCGGAGGGAGGCGGCCACCAAGGACCGGCCCCAAACGGGGCUGUCACCCCCCGUCCCCGAGGGCACCCAUCGCCCCCAGGCAUCCCCGCUGCAGCCCCGGGCUUUGCCCAACGGAGAAAGCUGCCCUCGGUCCCCGCCAGCGCCCGUGCCUUCGUCCUCACCCGUCCUCAUCCUCUCCGAAGUGCCCCAGCCCCUGUCCGCGGAGGCGCUGGCUCCGGCGCUGCAGCAGCUGGACCUCGCAGCGCCUGCCACCCUGCAGGCUCCUUCCGCCUUCCCUGCUGAGCUGAGGCCGCCCAAAUUUCGCCAGGAGCAAGCAGACAAACCGCCGUGGCAGGAUGCCAACGGGCACCUGGAGAGGGACGGCUCCAGAGAUAUCUGCGCCUUCUGCCACAAAGCCGUGGGCCCGCGGGAGCCGACGGUGGAGGCGAUGCGCAAGCAGUACCACGCCGACUGCUUCACCUGCCGGACCUGCCAGCAGCGCCUGGCCGGGCAGCGCUACUACCAAAGGGACGGGCGCCCCACGUGCGACGCCUGCUACCAGGCCACGCUGGAGAAAUGCGCCAAGUGCCAGGGGCUGAUCACGGAGCGCAUCGUGAGGGCCAUGGGCAAGGGCUUCCACCCCAGCUGCUUCGCCUGCACCGCCUGCGGCCGGGCCAUCGGCGCCGAGAGCUUUGCCGUGGAUGAGCGGGACGAGGUGUACUGCGUGGCUGACUUCUACAGGAAAUACGCCCCGGUGUGCGGUGCCUGCAAGCUCCCCAUCAUCCCCAGUGAGGACCAGGACACCUACAAGAUCGAGUGCCUGGGACGCAGCUUCCAUGAGAGCUGCUACCGCUGCGAGAGCUGUGGGACACCCCUGUCGCCGGAGCCGACGGAGGAUGGGUGCUACCCCCUGGGCCAGCACCUCCUCUGCAAGUCCUGCCACGUCCGCCGGCGGAACGAGUCGUCCUGCUAAAAAAAAACCCCGCUUGUCCCACGAUGGACGCGCAGGGAGCGGCGGGACCAGCGUUUCAUCACCACAACGUGCCGGGACCCUGUCCCUCAGCCCUCUUCCCAACCGCUCGUUGCGAACAGAAAAAGCCCUGGAAGAGCAGCAGUGGUGGGCAAGCUGAGGUUUCCCUUGCUUUUUUAUAUAUAUAAAAAAAAAAAAACUUCUGA